CAGAAUUAUACGACUUCAUAAUUAUACAAAUUUUUACACUUCCCAAUCAGCAUUCAUUGUAGUUCUCUAUUAUGCGGAACUCAGUUAUACGCUUAGGUGUUUUUUUAGAAACCCGAUGUUUAUAAAUUGCUUCCUAGUCCUCAUGAUUCUCAGUCAGAACAUUCCUUCACCUACGGAAGCGAAGCCUUACUUCACUAAGAUACAUCGAUUGAACUCAGUGAGGGACUUCGACGAUAUAGUGGACUGGACUUGCAACCAAAACGUCAAAAAUCAGAAGCAAGAACCGAAAGGUUCCAAGCAGAUAACAGACAAUCCUUCUAUACAGGAACGAAGUAUUUCUUCAGAAGCUCCAGAUGCAACCUCGAAAAGCGGCGAAUUGAUAGAGAAGAGGUCAGAUGUUUCCGUCCAUUUCGAAACAGGCGAAACGGCAAGAGCCACAGAAAGGAUGCAGGUAUCCAUUAUGCCAUCACCUCCAUCGAGAAAAUACGCCUCAAGUGACACGGCAAGAGGCACAGAAAGAAUGGAAGUAUCGGAAAUGCCAUCACCGCCAUCGAGGGAAGAUCAAAAAGAUGACAAGAAGAGAUCUGAGAUGGAAGAAAUCAAAGAUGUGGUAGACGAAAAUGAAGAUAACAAAGAAGAAUUCGGUGAGGGGUUUUCCAACCUGUACAAGAAGAUGAGAAACAAAAUGAAGAAGAAGAAGUGUAAGACGUGCCUCACUAACAUAGAGGAGGAGUUUCCGAUGAAAUUUGAAGACAUAGAAGAUGACAAGAGUAAAGUGAAAUAUAUUCUACCUUACAGAAGAAGCGCUCCUUUGUGUCUUCUAAACGAUCGAAGGGCUGCUGGAUAUUACCAAACCGCAGCUGUUCCUGUAAUUCGACCAGUUUUAAUGAGCGCACCCCAACCAAUAUAUAUCCAGGGAUCACCCAACGAUGAUAGGUCACCCCUUUACGAAGUUGAAUGGCUUCAACACCCCUCAGUAGCAACGAGUGUGUUUCGAAAACGGCGCGAAAUCGAUAACUGGUACCCGAAACGGGCGUACCCUUUCAUGGUCGACAGAGAAUGUGACCACAACGACAAGGUGUCCCAAGCUCAUAAGGAGCUCGUUUGCAUGAUACGAGCGGUGAAAAGCGAAUUCCUGAACAAGAACAACCUCACCUUUCUUCCCAUUCUGUUCGUACCGCAUUGCGAUAGUGCUAAACCAUGUCCGGAUAUUCCGGGUUCUCCGGAAUUAGGCCAACUGAGCUUUCAAAACGUGGAUCCUUCUAAUAUGAAAGAAAAAGAAGAAGAACCGCACCAGUGUCACUGUGCUCAUCCUAAGGAUCCUGCGCCUAAAAAGGAGAAAAACAACGAAACAAUAUGUAUCAACAUAGGGCACAUGACAAUCAUCCUUUUGGCGAACAACACUUUGAGCGUUGUUUUUCCUGCACCGAGCCAGGAACCUGAGAUGCCUGAAUGCCCUGAACCUCCCGAUACGCCUGACAAACCUCAACAAGAAGCGCAUUCACAUCGUCCUCAACCUUCACAGUCUUGUUGUCCCCCUUUGCCACCACCAUGUUGUCCCCCACCUCCACCGCCUCCGCAACCUGAACCUGUUUGUUUUCCUCCCUGUCCUAGCCCUUGCCCCUGCCCCUGCCCUUAUCCAUGUCGUGCUUCUGAAAAAAACACCCAAUUCAAAAGAAAUGUGAUCGAUAACUUGAAGCAGUACCUGGAGAACGCAUUCAAUUUCAUCGACAUCAGAAGAGUGCUUACCGAAGACGAACUCCACGACAGAACCUCAAGGGACACCUUCAAACGCUUUGGUAGUGAUAUCAUACCAGGAAUAUUGCUUUACCCGAAGAGAUACGGGCCGACCCUAGCCAAGAAUAGCAGGGAAGCGACCAAUUUCGAUUUCGAAGAAACUGGUGCUCCGAUUUCGGACUUUUACUGUUUCACAACGAAUGGCAACUGUGGAGGAAAGUUCAAGAGGAGUCUCAAUUCCAAGAAAAUCGGAAUCACAGAAGGUGACAUCGCAGCCGAAGAGGCUCAGCUAGAAAUCGAGAAAAAACAGGCUCAGCUAGAGAAGGAGAUGCAGAUAGAUUUAAAUUUGGAUAAAGAAGUGGUGGAAGCUCUAAAUGUUGCAUCGACAACCACCUCAUUGGCUGCCUCAGAACAAAUGAAAAAAGACGAAGAAUAUUUGGAGAAAGAAAACCAGGAAAUGGUUCGUAACGAGCAACUCCUGGAAGCUCCCGAUACAGGUGAAGAACCUACAGAACAAACUUGUCUUUUUACGGAACCCCUCAUUACCGAGGAAAUAGAACCGAUAUCAUCAGCAACCGAUUCUAUAAUCGAGAACAUGAGUGCUGAAGCUUUGGCUAUGGCUGAAGCUGGAAAGCAUCUCGACGACGCAAAGGGACCCGAAGCUGAAGAGCUAGAAGCUACUGAAGAAGCCUUAACAGAAACACCUGUAGAAUGCCCCGAUCCAUGUCCGCCAGAGGAAUGUGGAGAACAAGAACCAUGUCAACCAGAUGACGAACCUUGCCCACCUCCUUGUAAUGAACCCACUCCACCAUGUCACUUACCUACAAGUGAUGAAAUUGGAGUCAACCAAACGGAUCUCGCUAAUGGAUCCAAGGGUAAAGCAACCAAGAGCGUGGCCGAAUUCGAAAACGAGAUGCUUGGCAUAAUAGAUAAUUCGAAAAAGGAAAGUCUGGCGAACGAGGAAAAACGUAAAGGCGUCUUUGACAUAACGACGAAACAUUCUUGGAAAGUGAAGAAAAAACGCAAGUCCAAAAGGGUCAGAGGUCUAAGGGCUGGUCAGAGAAAUCGCAGGGAUUUGAAAGCUACCAUUCCAUCGACGCCUGAAUGGAAAGAUCCGACGACGACAUCAAAAAUGGCCGUGAGGGAUGUUGAAACGGAAACAACGGAACUCGUGAAGGUUACUUUCAAAGAGACCACAACUCCUGUAGCCAUUUGCGAAGAGGUUGAGGACGUUACUGAGGUUUUGUUCACUACGAAACCUAGUCAGGAACAAAUGGAACUGGAAUGUAAUGAGGUAAAAGAAGCCGCAGUGACUUCGAGGUCCACCACUCAGAAACUAGGUGUGCCGAUCACGAUAGUAAUCACCAAAUCUACGGAAGGGGUGUCCACUACCACCGAACUACCUUCUGUACUUUCGGAGUUUGUUCAACCCCCUCUAAGAGAUGAAAAUGACGAGACUGUAACUGAAAAACUUAAUAGGCUGCUAAGAGAUUUGGGACUUGUCAAACAAGUGCAGAGUUUUCUGCAGGGCAUAAAAGAUACGGGCUACGAAAUUCGUGACGCGGUGAGAAGGAGGACGCAGAGGGAAACUCAGAACGAUAUCGGCGGGUUGGUUACCGGGAGAAAGCUAUUUUCGAUGGAAGUACAUGCGAAAUACUCCGAAACCAAAGGGCCGUUGCAACAGUUCAGAAGAAGGACGUACAGACGAAGAUCGGGCGAAAGUUUCAAGAGGUAUUCCCGUGACAUUAACGACAACAUAAAACUUUAUCCGGGCAAGGCCAACAUGGAUCGAAUUUCGAGUGAAAAUAACGAGGAAUCGAAGGAUUUCACUGGGAGUGAGAAGAAUCGAAGGUGGAAGAAGUACGCUGGAAAUUGGGUCGAAUGGGUACCCAAUUUCGAACCUUUUUUAGAGCCCAAUUAUCAAAAUUACCAGUUUUAAGCAGUAUCGCAUCAUUUUUUACUUCGGACGACAGUCAGGGGACCAUCAGGGAUCUAGAAGAAUCAAGUAAUGAGGACGCAGAAUACGAUAACAAAAUC